CUGUUGGACAACAAGCCCGAGGGUACGUUCCUUCUCCGCGACUCGGCCCAGGAGGAGCACCUGUUCUCGGUGUCGUUCCGUAAGUACGGCCGCUCGCUGCACGCCCGCAUCGAGCACUAUCAACAUCGGUUCAGCUUCGACUCUCACGACCCCGGCGUGUUCGCCGCGCCCACCGUCACCGGCCUCAUUGAACACUACAAGGACCCGGCCUGCGUGAUGUUCUUCGAGCCGAUGCUGACGGCCCCCCUCCCCCGCAGCUCGCCCUUCUCCCUGCAGCAGCUGUCUCGCGCGGUGAUCGUGUCGCACGUGAGCUACGACGGCGUGGAGCACCUGCCGCUGCCGGCGCGCCUGAGGGCCUUCCUCAAGGAGUACCACUACCGCCAGCGGGUGCGCGUGCGCAGGCUCGAGACCGACUCGUACGAGCGCGCCUAG